AUGGUCCGGACCCGAGGCUGCGGCCUGUGGCUCCUCUCUGGACCUGAACUCUCUCUAAACUCUGCCAUGACACACUCUCUGGACCGCCCCAUCACAGCCCCAUCACAGCCCGAUAACAGCCCCAUCACAGCCCGAUCACAGCCCGAUAACAGCCCCAUCGCAGCCCCAUCACAGCCCGAUCACAGCCCGAUAACAGCCCCAUCGCAGCCCCAUCACAGCCCCAUCACAGCCCGAUCACAGCCCGAUAACAGCCCCAUCACAGCCCGAUCACAGCCCCAUCACAGCCCCAUCACAGCCCGAUCACAGCCCCAUCGCAGCCCCAUCACAGCCCCAUCACAGCCCGAUAACAGCCCGAUAACAGCCCCAUCGCAGCCCCAUCACAGCCCCAUCACAGCCCGAUCACAGCCCCAUCACAGCCCCAUCACAGCCCGAUCACAGCCCCAUCGCAGCCCCAUCACAGCCCCAUCACAGCCCGAUAACAGGCCGAUCACAGCCCGAUCACAGCCCCAUCGCAGCCCCAUCGCAGCCCCAUCGCAGCCCCAUCGCAGCCCCAUCGCAGCCCGAUAA